AUGGCGCAGCCAACUCCGCCAACCGCCGACCACCUGCCACUUAGCACUCCCUCCUCAACCACACUCUCGAAUGGCCCACGGCGAGCUAACGGCCAACCGCAAACCGAACAUCAUCACCUCUGGCUGAUCACCGGUCCAGCAGGAUGCGGAAAGAGCACCGUCGCAGAGUACCUGGCCAAGAGCAUGAACAUUCCGUAUAUCGAGGGUGACGAGUACCACCCCAAAGCCAACGUCGAGAAGAUGUCGCAGGGCAUCCCCCUCACCGACGCCGACCGCUGGGAUUGGCUCACCCGUCUCCGCGAAGAAGCCAUCUCCCGUCUCUCUUCCUCCGGCGGCUCGCGAGGGGUCGUGCUCACCUGCUCCGCUCUCAAGCGCAAGUACCGCGACGUGAUCCGGGUCGCGCCCUACUUCUCGCACGGCUUGCGCGUCCACUUCGUCUUCUUACACGCGCCGGAAGAGGUGCUCACGGCACGGGUGAAUGCCAGACCCGGCCACUUCAUGAGGAGUGACAUGGUACACAGCCAGUUCAGCAUCCUGGAGCCCCCAGGAAGGGACGAGAUCGAUGUCAUAAGCGUGGAUGUGAGCGGCUCGAUAGAGCAGGUCGAGGAGGAAGCCUUUGCAAAGAUCCGAGAGGUGGUCAAGUCCGAGAUGGUCAGAGACUUGUAA